AUGGCAUUUGACGGCAAUUGGAAAGUAGACCGGAGUGACAACUAUGAUAAGUUCAUGGAGAAAAUGGGUGUUAAUGUGGUGAAAAGGAAGCUUGCAGCUCACGACAAUUUGAAACUGACCAUCACACAGGACGGAAAUAAAUUCACAGUCAAAGAAUCAAGCACCUUUCGCAACAUUGACAUUGUGUUUGAACUUGGUGUCAACUUUACCUAUAGUCUAGCAGAUGGAACGGAACUCAAUGGGACCUGGAGCCUUGAUGGAAAUAAACUUAUUGGACAGUUCAAACGUGUAGACAAUGGAAAGGAGCUGAUUGCUAUCCGAGAAAUUUCUGGUGGUGAACUAAUUCAGACCUACAAAUAUGAAGGAGUCGAAGCCAAGCGGAUCUUUAAGAAGGAAUGAGCAAGCUUCUUGGAGCCCAGAGCAAAACCCUGAAGAGCUGAGCUGAUGUCAGACUCCUCUCUCCAUCGUGUUAAUGCCAGGCAGGUUCAUCCUUUCAUGAACACUGGCAUAUUCCCAGUCUUGUCA